ACAAGAUUCGCCGGAAGUGGCUUGGUGUCGUAAAUAAAAAACAGUUGGCUGUGUAAGCCUGAGCUCCUUAAUAUUAUAUAAUUUCGUACUUGCUAAAUUGGCAAGACCUACCACUUUCAAGGCUUCGAAAUGGGACUAUUUGGACGAACGCAAGAAAAGCCACCGAAAGAUCUGGUCAAUGAGUGGUCACUCAAAAUCAGGAAGGAGAUGCGAGUGAUUGACAGGCAAAUCCGAGACAUACAAAGAGAGCAGGAGAAGGUGAAGCGGUCCAUCAAAGAUGCUGCCAAGAAGGGACAAAGGGAUGUGUGCGUGGUUCUGGCCAAGGAGAUGGUCCAGUCCAAACGGGCUGUAAACAAGCUGUACACAUCCAAGGCCCACAUGAACUCUGUCCUCCUCAGCAUGAAGAACCAACUGUCUGUGCUGCGUGUUGCUGGUUCUCUGCAGAAGAGUACAGAGGUAAUGAAGUCCAUGCAAAGCCUGGUGAAAAUCCCAGAGAUCCAGGCCACCAUGAGGGAGCUCUCCAAGGAGAUGAUGAAGGCUGGAAUAAUUGAGGAGAUGCUGGAAGAUACUUUUGAGGGCAUGGAGGAUGAGGAAGAGAUGGAGGAAGCAGCAGAGGAGGAGGUGGACAAGAUCCUCUUUGAGAUUACAGCAGGUGCACUUGGAAAAGCCCCCAGCAAAGUGACCGAUGCCCUCCCAGAGGUGGAGGCGCAAGGGGCGACGGCAGCAUCAGAGGACGAGGCAGAGGAAGACAUAGAGGAGAUGCAGUCCAGACUGGAGGCCCUGCGAAGUUAAGAGGGCUCCAACUUCACUCCUGCAGCUACACCCACUCCUGUACAGAGACUGUCAAUGUGAGGCUUCUCUUCACCUGUCUAAUCUUCAGACGCUGGAAACCUGCACUUAAAACCAGCUUCAAUAUCUCUAAUUUGCAGUAUGUUCCCUUUUCCAAAACACUUGAUAUGAUGGAAUGUAAAAUCCCAAAUAAGAAAAGAAUAUUUAAAAUUAAUAUCAAAAUACCCUGCACAUGCCAGGGAAAUCAAAUAUGUUGGAUUUCUAUUUUACCAUAUUGACAUCUUUUAUUUUGUCAAACAAGGCCCAUGAAGACGAAGUUGUAGAAAAGAUUGAGAUUAAAGGGUAAGAUUGCCACUUUGAGUGGCACCGUACUUGUAUGCAUUUAUCCAUAAAUUAAUUUAUCUUUUGAAGAGCCAUCUUGGGAAAAGGUGUUGUGGUUAAGGGAUAUGUGUGGUUAUUUUGUAAUAUGAUGAUUGAUUUGUUGUUUUGCCUCACUUAGCUCAAUUGUUCUGAACCUGAAAAUGGAGGUCAUCACACAAAAAUGCAUGAUAUAACUGUAUAUGACUAAAAAUACUGUGCAUUAGGUGCUGGUUUUUAAAGUGUGGUUUCCUAAUUUCAGAGGACUAAUGCAUUGUAUAUUGUAAUAAUGAGGAGUUAUUUCAGUCCAUCAUUUCAGUCCAAGACUUUUCAAAUUUACAAUCCACAAACAUGCAGUUGCCAAUAAACCUCAUUUGCCAAUUGUGCAUAACAUAAACACGGACUCUCAUCUUUGUUCUGAAAAAUAUGAAAUCUGCUGUUCUUUUGUAUAUUGACCAUGAGAAUUGUCCCUUCGCCAAGCCCCGUCCAAGUCCCGCUCUCCUUAGUUACUGUUGCUAGUUCCAUCCAGUUUUCGCUUUGGAAAGCAAGAUCCCUUAGAACUGAGAGGACCCGUCGGUUAUAUUCACUUGUAUUUGUACAGACAAGGUUCUAUGAUAACAUUUUUUUUCCCAAGGGGCACAUGUGAGUUGAAACAUUUAAGAGCACACUAAUGCAUCCCAUUUGGUAGAUGUGCUGGUAAAUUAGCAUUUCUGGUUAGCACAGAUCAAUUUUUAGGAGCAAAUGCUCCUAAAAUGAGAGCACUGCAGAGCCUUGACGGAUUUUAUCAGAUUGAAGACAGACUAACCCCUUUUGUUAAUCGAGCGACUCCCAGGUACUUUACAGGGCAGUGCAUAUAAUUAAAUUCACGGUUGUCUUGGGGAAAAAAAGAAACAGCUUUAUCUUAAGGCUACUUUAUUCUAACAAUGCUUACUGCAUUUACUGUGUUCAACAAGUUGGCUCUGUAUGCACGUAACUAACUAAAUCCUUCCACGUCAUGAAAUUAAUCAAAUCAAAUAAGUUUGUCGUGCCAUCUUUAUUUCUUUCUCUUUGUGCUCCACCUCCUUAGAGGUCAGAAAUGUGUCAGCUACUUUUCUCCUACUAACAGUGCUCAGAAAUCAAGGUUGCCUGGUGUCCCUUUCAUUCUCCUAUGAGUCAAAAUCCUGUAUUUGUAGCAGUUUUCAUAGAUAUGAAUCUGGCAACAAUCUCUGUAGUUUACGUUAAAUUUGAUACAUAACGAGUAAAGGUUUUAACGUUAGCUAGCUGAUGAUGGAUAUUGUCAACAUCCCUCCCACCCAGUUACCUCCACAUGUUUAUGAAUUGCAACGCAGUUGUGCAAAAACGCCCCUCAGCUAUGACGAGAUUCCAGGGCACCGUGAAAUGAUUUCAUUGUAUAACAUAUGUUCGCACAGAGCGAUCAAUGAUUGGACAGCUUUUUUUUUUUUUUUUUUACUUUAGUUACUGUUUCUGCAGCUCUUGCCUCAAUACAGCUGUUUGCUGUGUGUCCAUUUCAUUUGCAUAAAAUAUUCUGUAUGCAAAUUAUUUGUACAGCAUACACUCGUGAAACUGUCAAACAAGGCUUUGCAGAUCAAAUAUGAACCAAUAUUCUCACCUAAAAUGUUUUCAGAAACAUUUUUUAGUGGAUAGUUUAGGUGGAAUAUGAGAGAGUUUAUGAAUAGGCUACUAUGUUUCUUUGUUUGAAAAACGUCAGACCGAAACCAAUCAGCAAAUGGCAUAUAUGCAUGGCAGGGGUUCUCAGCCUAUUACAACUAAAUGUGAAUCACUGUCAUAUGGCAAAAUGGAGGCUGUAGGCUGCAGUGGAGUGCAGCACAUACAGGCAGGAACCCUGGAUAAAAGUCACAAGCAGCAUUCAGAAGAAUAUACAACUGUUUAAAUUAGUAGAUGUAUCAGUAAACAAAUAUAUUUAUUUUCUGAAAUAUAUAUACCUGCACUAAGUAAGCAAUUUAACAUGCCUGACUAAUCAGAAACACUCGUACAGCCAUUUGUCCCAAACAUUAUGGUGCCCUGAAAUGGGGGGACAUAUAUAAAAAUUGCAGUAAUCUCUACAUGGUGAAACCAAAAUGUAUUAAAAUACCCUUUAAUUGAAGAUGAGAAUAUGCACCUUAAUCACAUAUGAAUUGUUUGAUUACGAAUCUAAAAUAAUGGAGUAAAGAGCCAAAUAAAGAGAAAAAAUAUGACUUUGUCCUAACCACUAUGGAGCUCACUGUAUGUGUAGUCCUAUCAGGGAAAAGACAAUAGAUAUUAUGGUAGUACCAAAUCCAAUGUUCUGUAUAUUUAUCUAUGUACUGGAUGCAAGGAAAAUGUGUGUAGUAUUGCUUUGGAACAGUACUUGUUUAGUUUGGUGAAAUGUUGGUAAAAGUUUAGUUGUAACAUGGCAUCAUUUUGAUAUCAAUAAUUGGUUUGCAGAGAGAUUUAAAAAUAAUAUUUUAGUGUUGAACUGAAAGCAAGAGCUUUGUAUAUAUAACCAGCUUGCAUGGUUUUUAACAGUGUGGCCUUAUUUAAAUUGAAUUGUCUUUCUUGUUGAGACUCAUACGCUUUGUGUGAAUGAAAGUUGUCCAAUGAAACUGCAUCGCAGAGGCUUUGAACUGUAAUUUUAGAACAGCUAAGGGGCGUGUUUAUGGCAGAAGUGGGUGCCAGUGUUUCUGACAUUUCAUCCUAUCUAUCGAGCUGUCCUACCAAGGGCUGGGGUAUUGCGCCCGCACACAUCUCUGUUACAAUUCAAUUCAAUUAAAUAAACUUUUUUUUAUUUAUUUAUCCCUGAUAGUUGAUAUUUUCUAUGAAACACCAAUGGUAGGAUCUAUUGUGCAAAUUAGGCCAUCAAAAUAUGCUGCCUAUUGUUUUAGGGGCAAUGUGUCUCUAGUAAUAUUUGUAUAAAACAUCAAUGGUAGUUUUAUGUUGGUAUGUUGCAGUCAAGAGAUUUGCGAUUAGAGGAAAGGAAUAGCCUUUGGCUCUUUGGCUACAGUCUCUGGGAAACCCAGGCCGGAUGAAUUAAUGAAAAUAAUAAUGUAAUUUGCUUCAAAUCGUUUUUUGAUAAGGUAUAAAUGCCUACCAACUUUUUAGCUACUAAAGUAGCACAGUUUACUUGAGGUAGUAUUUUCUGAUAGAGAUGCAAAGAUAGAUAUUACUACAAAUUUGUGCAACCGGAAGGACAUUUAGACAAGGUAGGACAAAUUGUCAGAACACCAGCUAUUAGUGACUACAUUUGGAGCCAAGGAUCUCUUAUCUCAUCCAGAUCUCGACAGCGGGGACUCCAGUAUGCAGUCCAGGGUUAUAUUACUGAUAAUAAGGAACAUAUUUUAUUAUCGCUCUUAGCAUAAGUGAAAUGAAUAAAACCUCAUCUCCUGACAGUGAAAGUGAGUCGCACUAUCAUAAUGGAACAGAAUGUAAUAUUUAUAUUUAUUCUUUACCUAUUCCUUACCUUUAUCUAUGUGACAUGGAAAAUUUUCAGAUUUUUUGCUCCCUGUGUGUACCGUUUAACCAUGUUUUAUUUUAGUUUUGAUGUCAUUUUUGUUUACAGUCCUCAUAGAAGGUAAUGGUUUGAUUGGCAACAAUUGCUGCACACAGGAGCGCUCUGAUUGGUCAUUCAGCUAGCCAAUCAAGAGGUCAACAAAGGGUCAAUUUUGACGAUGUGCAUAAGCUACGUAUGGGGGAUACACUUUUUUAAAUUGGCAUGUAACUGUAACAUCAUAUCUUUCUUGAAAAAAGAAAAUAUGCUUUCAACAAAUUCUUUUUAAGAAAGGACAGAGAAACUUCAUUGUGCAACCACCAGAGCGCGUAACUGCUAAAGAAUCCAAAUGCAGAGCUCAAGUAUUGAAACAAGGUCCUGAGUUUAAUUUUUUUGAAUAGUAAUUGCUUAUGAAGACUUGUUUACUGUUCGUUGAUUUUUUUUUUCUUCUUUUAACUUUUUAUGUUCUUUUUGUUAUGUUUGUUAUAUAUUUUAAUAUAAUCUGAUUUCUCUCUUAAAGAAUGAUGCUGUUGUCUAAGCCAUUUCACUUUUAUGAAGCUAUUCUCUUUGUGUCCAUAAAUUACUCAAAUGUAUGUAUGUCAUACCCAGAAUACUAAAUAAAAAAACGGAACCUUC